GGGAGGGGGAGGGGGAUGGAUUGGGUGCGGUGGGUGGUGGGGGUGGGAUUCUGGGUGCAGGGGUUCCGGUGCUUCCCGUGGCUGGGGGUGAGCUUCUUCCUGAAGGACGGCCUCGGCGUGGCCCCGUCGUCGCUCCAGAUCCUGCAGAACUCCGCCAACCUGCCCAUGGUCGCCAAGCCCCUCUACGGCCUCCUCUCCGACGCCGUCCCCAUCCGAGCCCAGCGCCGCCUCCCCUACGUCGCCAUCGGAGCUUUCCUGCAGGCAAUCUCGUGGCUGGCAAUUGCCCUCUUGUCCGAAUCAUCGCCUUCCAUCGCCGCUCUCACCGUCUUCCUCCUCCUCAGCAACCUUGGCGCCUCGAUAGCGGAGGUCGCUAAUGAUGCUAUCGUUGCGGAGGCCGGGAAGAAGCAAUCGUCGGCAGCUCAAUCAGGAUCGGGGCAACUCCAGUCCUUCGCGUGGAUGGCCGGCUCCUCUGCAGGUGCUCUUGGGAACCUCCUCGGCGGCAUUGCGAUUAACAAACUCUCUCCCAAAACCAUGUUUCUCCUCUUCUCUCUCCUCCUCCUGCUUCAGUUUGUUGUUACUCUCUCUGUGCCCGAGAGUUUCCUAGGACUUCCGCAAAGGACGGGCCACUCGUCGAAAUCAUCGGGCUUACGUGAACAGUUAUCGGAGCUAUCCUUUGCCCUUCGCAAACCGGAGAUUUUCUAUUUAAUCACGUGGUUUUCGGCAUCUUAUGCCAUAGUUCCACUGCUAGCGGGCACUAUGUUCUUCUAUCAGACACAGCACUUAAAUCUCGACUCUUCAGUUAUCGGCUUGUCUAAGGUAUUUGGGCAGGCGGCGGUGUUGGCUUGGAGUGUGGCCUACGAUAAGUACUUAAAAGGGAUUCCGGCAAGAAAGGUCAUAGCAGGGCUGCAGUUCGUUAUUGGGCUCUUUAUGAUUUCUGACGCUCUAUUUGUUCAGGGGAUAUACAGAAUGAUCGGACUGCCGGAUUCUGUGUAUGUUGUUUUAUUCUCAGGGUUAUUGGAAGCGCUUUUCUUGUUCAAAGUGCUUCCGUUUAGCGUUCUCAUGGCACAGCUCUGCCCUCUCGGGUGCGAGGGUUCCCUUAUGGCUUUUGUCAUGUCCGCCUUAGCGCUUUCCUCCGUUAUAAGUGGCUACUUUGGGGUUGCUCUUGCAGCUUUUGUGGGAGUAUCAGGAACAAAAUUUUCGGGGCUCUCUUCUGGCAUUUUGAUACAGGCAGUUUUCACAAUGCUGCCCCUCUUUUGGUCGCCGUGGAUACCAGACAAAGGAAUACCGGAGAAGAAAAAAGAUUAAGUUACAAUUGGAUGGGAAUGUGGAGGAUUCGGUAUUUACGUGCAUUCAUUUAACCUUUUGGGUCGGCAAAUUAUCUUAGAUAUAAGUUAUCAUACCCGACUUUUGAGGUGAAAUUGUAUUUACAAUUGUUAGUCACUGGGCCAAUGUUUUAUGGAAUCUGCUGUUGGUUUCUAGGGCUCCUUUGACGAAUUCAAAGGACUAGAGGUAAUGCAUACUGGAGAUGAAUUUAUUAUCAGCAGAUUCGGUGUGAUGUGCAGCAUCCAAGCUAUAUUAGCUUUACUGUUACGCUUUUUCAAAUGAUUCUUGUGGAGAAUAUCCGUGACUCUAUUGGACAGUUCCCUUCUAUUGGAGCUGCGGUAGGGCCUAUGGGAAAAUGUUGCUGGUUUGGAGCAAUGGAGCACGAACUCUUUGCAAGGCGGCUAUUUUUAUAUUCCUAUUUAUUCAGUGUUGCAGCGAAUUCAUGGCAUCAUCAGGAGGAGAGCUGCAUUUACUUUUGUUAUGGUAUCUGUUCCAGUUUAUAGACCCAGAAUGUUUGGGUCCCAAAAAUUUCCUCUGAGCUGAUAUCUGCCGAUACAAAGUAAUCCAUUUAUUUUUGGUAUCAUUGUUGUUAGAGAGGCGAUGUAUAUGGCUAUCUGCUGAUCGUUCUGUUAUCUGGAAAUUCUUUUGAUCGUUUUUUUAUGCCAUAAAUUCUCCUUGAAAUUA